GUGACGGGGUUUUGUCGUAAUACGGGUGGGGGGGAAAAAAAAUAACGCGCGAGCAUCAGUGUUGUCGAGUUUGGAUGCAACAGCGUUUAUUCAUGACAACAAUGAUCUCCGCCGUUAUCCGGAACGCUUCCAUGGAGUAAACGGGUGAUUUUAAAGACUCGGGCAUGCAGCGGAAGCGUUGGUUAUUAUCUCGGAGCUGAUGUUUUGUUUGUCGCAUCAUGGACGGGGACGAUUGCGCGUCUUUAUCCCGCAUCUGUGCUCGCUACGAUCGGAGAAGGAGGAACAGGCGAUACCCGGGCUAGGCCUCAGCUAGGCCGAGACAUUGCGGCUUGCGGAUUUAUUUAUACAAACUGAGGCUUGACACCGAGACAGCUGGAGAGAAAAGCCAUCAGUUUGCUUGGGAAAUUGCUGCGUUCUGGACAUUUCUGUGGGACGUUACAGAACGUUAUACUUUACCACAGGAUCAUUGUAUUUGGCUAGCUGGAGUAGCUUAGCCUGUUAGCGGAUCUGACUGCUAAGCUCAGCUGCUUGUGUGAAUGUGGGAUAAGAUGGAGACCCCGACUAUAGUGUACGACCUGGACACCUCGGGUGGACUCAUGGAGCAAAUCCAGACCUUGCUCGCGCCGCCAAAGUCGGAAGAAGGAGAGAAGCGGAGCCGGAAGUUGGAGAGGAGCAGCAGGAGAGCAGGGCGCGCGACCAACCACGACACCUGCGACAGCUGCCGAGAAGGGGGCGACCUGCUGUGCUGCGACCACUGUCCCGCCGCCUUCCACCUGCAGUGCUGUAACCCGCCACUGAGCAGGGAAAUGCUCCCCCCUGGAGACUGGAUGUGCCAUCGCUGCACAGUGCGUAAGAAGAAGCGAGAGCAAAAGAAGGAGCAGAUCAACGGUCUCAUGCAGGCCAAGCAGACCCCAUCCCCCGGUCCCGAGCUGGACCUGGGCACACUUCGUCUAGAUCCCACCGUCGCCGGUACGGGUCUGCGGGCCGCCGUGGCUCAGGUGCGACUGCUGGAGAGGAGACCGAGCAGCCGCCCGGCCACGCCCACUUCCAACGCCUCAUCCACGGACACACCCACGCCCUCGGAGCACAACGACGUGGAGGAGGACCUGUUGGACGUGGAGGACGAGGCGCAGGGCUCGGAGCCGGAGAGCGGCCCGUCUACGCUCAAGAGGCCGUUCGAUUUGCUGAUCGCCGCUGCCAUGCAGAGGAACCCUACGCAGUUCCAGCUACCCAACGACCUCACCUGCACUACCGCACUUCCAGGAACCAGUAAAAAGAGAAGAAAAGAAGAGGCGACCGGGAAGAACGUGAAGCGCCCGCAACACGAGCUGGACCACUACGGGCUCGUGCCACUGCCAGUCAAAGUGUGCUACACCUGCGGCAGGAGCUGUAGACUGGCUCCGUUGAUCCAGUGCGAUUAUUGCCCUCUCCUGUUCCACAUGGACUGCCUGGACCCUCCGGUCACAGCCAUGCCGACAGGAAGAUGGAUGUGCCCCAAUCAUAUUGAGCACUUGGUGCUAAACCAGCGCAACCUGACUCUGAGCAACCGCUGCCAGCUGUUCGACCAGUUUCAUGACCGCAUAUCGCAGCACGCCGUGAAAGUGGACUUCCUGCAGCAAAUACACCGGCAGCACCCUCCGACGCGAAGAGCAGCCCAUAGUUACGCUAAGAGAAUGCUGAAGGUCCCAGAAGCCAUCAAGUCACAGUACCAGAGCCCACCUAUAAUGAUGCUGCCCGCUGGAAUCCGGGACGGUGAGCUCAUCUGCUCGGGUGCUUCUGAAGCCUCGCCGUGUAACCACUUAAGCAGCGAUGAAGAGCAACAACAGUGGCUCAGGGACGUGAUCUCGCUCCAGUGUAGCAUCGUGCGGCAUUUGUCUGCCAAGCAGACGUCAUCCUCGCCGUGCGACUCUUCGCAGGCGCCAAAAACGGACGAUAAGGACCCCAGCUCAGUGAAUUUGCAUCCUUCGCACAGUACGGACGGGACGGCCUCGGCGAAAACACCCGAAUGCCUCAGUCUUAACUCGGAGGAGCACCGAGUAUGUAGCUCGUGCACCGAAAAACCCUGUCAGAACUGCAGCACCAGCAACGGACCUGUAGAACGGCCGGCCCACGCCAACGGCAAACUCAAGCAGGCGUGUCCCGCUGACCCCGAGGCCUCGAACACACCCCGUUCACCCGCACCCCCCAUGCUGACCCUACGUAAUCACUCCGGCCCGGCCCUCAUAAAGACUGAAGACUUAAAAUCCUGUGCUGCUACAGAAUCCCUUCCUUCUGUUUGUGUUAAAUCAGAGACUGCCCCUCCUCCUCCUCCUCCUCCUCCUCACACUCAGAGGGCUUCCCCAAGGUUGCCAUCCUCUCACUUACCAGAUAACGGUGCAAGCUGCCAGGUGUCUUCCGUGCCCUCUUCUGAUGGAAAAAUCUGUGACACAGAUGCAACACAGACACAAGGCAACGGGUCCAGCCUUUUGAAUUUGGGAGACUUGUCCAGCUGCUUAAGAAGCAUGAUUAAGGGAUCUGGAGAGAUGGAGCUGAACACAUUAGACGAGCGGUUCAUCAAACUCCUGGCAUGGCAGCGGAUCCAGCAGCUCCUCGAGCCAAAAGCAUUUCCUGUGCAGAGCGAUGCGAAGUUACCUGCCGUCCCCGCCGUUUCACAGCGAAGCCGGCACACCGAAGCGCAAAAUAAGGACGUACAGGCCCGAGCGACGUUUUAUCCUCUAUCCGGAAAGGGAGCAGCAGUCAGCAUGUGCUACAGAAGCCUUUACAUCGGAACUGGUGCUGACAUGGACGUGUGCCUUAUGAAUUACGGCCACUGCAAUUACGUAUCCGGAAAACACGCCUGCAUAUUUUAUGAUGAGAAUACGAAGCAGUACGAGUUGCUGAACUACAGCGAGCACGGGACGACGGUGGACAACGUGCUAUACUCGUGCGAUUUCUCAGAGAAAACAGGCCCGAGCCCAUCCAGUGGUUUGGUGUCCAAAGUGCAAAGCAUCAUCCGUCGCUGUAAAAAGAGAAAGCAGGAAGAAGAGAAGGAUGAGGCGCGUGGUGAUGUGAGCGGAGUGAUGAGCAGCCAGGCUGAGGACUCGCACCUCCGACAGUGCGGUUGCAAGGCCAGCGGCUCCAGUCUCAUAGGGGGCAGCGGUGCAGGCUGGGAGGGCACGGCACUUCUCCAUCACGGCAGCCACGUCAAGCUGGGCUGCCUGCAGUUCGUCUUCAGCAUCACAGAGUUUGCGAGCAAGCAGCCGAAAGAAGAGGAAGAAGUAGAAGGAGCGAGUAGCAUCGUGUGCAGCUCCAUCCAGCAGGGCGAGCCGCUGAGUAAAACCACUGCCCAGAUCCACCAAGUGCCAGUGCUGCACCACAACAAACCUGUUCCUUAGCCCCGCCCACCUCAGGUGCCACCUGCGCCUCUCAACCAGCCUCGGAGCUUGGACUUGUACAAAACUACACGUUCUCAUUGAUAAUUAUUUAAUUGUUUAUACGUUUGCAUGAGGUGAAGUCUCACAUUUUCUCCCCCCGCCCCCUGCCUCUUUCAGGAGCUCCGAUUAUUAUUUUAUUUAAAAAAAGUUUUGUUUUUUGGGAGUUGCACAUCAAAACUUUUGCGUAUGUGUAAAUGCAAAUGUUUUUAAAAGGGGUCGCGUUCUUUAAAUGACACGAACCAACGAUCGAGCGAGAAGUUUCCACUUGUAAAGAAAUCAGAGCACGUUCUAUUUUGUGCCAGUAACAAUAGUUUUUAUAUAAACACAUUUGUUUUCCAUAAGAAAUACUUUUAUUUACUCAUUUUUAUUUAAAUGUUCUGUAUUUGGAAGUAUAGUAACGUUCUGGUGUUCCUUUUUCGCUACCUUCACCGUAGCCUCUUCACGAUUCUGAUGUGUGCACGAACACACACGUGAGAAUACGGUUACACGUUGUAUAUAUGUCUAUGUAUCCGUAUCUGUGUAAUCUGUGUGAAUACACACAUACACACACGCCCACAAACACACACACACACACACACACACGUACUGAAAUGAAAGGAAUCCAUUGUAGACAGAUCAUGAUGAGAGAAGCAGUGGGUUCUGUGUACAUAGAAAUAUCCUGGCUUUUUAUAUUUGUACAGUGCUUCAUUGGGUUGAUGUUCUGUAGCUAUCAAAGUGUUAUGUCCCUUUUUUUUUCUUCAAUACUGUAGUCAUUAUGUAUAUGUCUGUUUCAAAGAGAUUUCAUCAGAACAGUUUCACAUACUCUGUUCUUACGAUUUUGACCAGUCUGUUGAACAAUGUAAAUAUCUAAAGAUUUUAAAUAACAUGCUUUAGAAACA